AUGCUUCUCGUCUCGUGGCUCAACUCGUUGCGGCGAUGCUUCGGCACGCCUUUCCUCAUCCUCGUCUUCAGCAUCUACUGGGCACAGGGCUUCCGCGCGUUCCCCUGGACGGGCAUCAGCAUUCUGGUGAAGGACCAUCUGAAGCUGGGCCCAGCAGCAGCGCAGCUCAUGACCUCCACUGCCUACAUGCCGUGGAGCGUGAAGCCAUUAUAUGGGAUCUUGUCUGACUGUGUGCCUAUAAGGGGCGGCCGGCGCAUCCCCUACAUAAUCAUCGCCAACGCCCUCUCGCUGCUCUCCUGGCUCGCCCUCGCGUUCGUGCCAAGUCUCGCUGCCUCCCCCGCGCCCUUCACGCUGCUCCUCGUGCUGCAGAACGUUGGGGCGGCCAUGGCUGACGUGGUGAUUGAUGCCAUGGUGGCAGAAGCGGCAAAAGGGGACAAGGAGAGGUACGCAGGUGAUCUACAGUCCCUCUCGUGGUUCUCCAUGGCCGCGGGAGGUGUAGUGGGGAGCCUCCUAGGCGGGCCGGCUUUAAAGACGCUGCAGCCGCAUGGCAUGUUUGCACUCUUCGCGUUCUUCCCCCUAUCGCAGCUCGCCAUGUGUUUCAUGUCGUCUGAGAGAAAGCUUACAGGGUGGACGGGGAGCGGGGAGGAGGACGAGGGGGACGAGGAGGAGGAGGAAGAGGAGGGGGUGGAGGAGGAGGAACGGGAGGGGGAGGAGGGAGAGGGCGUGAGGGAGAGUGGGAAAGGAGCAAGAGCAAGUGAGGGGGAUGAGAAAGAGAAAGACAGUGUGAGUAAUGGUACAGCAGCAGCAGCACCAUCCUGUGUUCAAACUGAACGGAAUUCUGAUGCGACCAUUGACUCUGCUGCUGAUUCCGUGGUUACAGAUGGUUGUGCAAGUUCGCAUGGUAACCGCAUGAGUGUUGGCAGCGAGAGUGAGGAGAGUGGCGAGCUGGGGGAGUGGGAGCAGGUGGUACCAGAGCAGGUGGUACCAGAGCAGCAGGAAGAGGAGAGUGUGGAGGGCAAAGGGAAGGAAAUGGGUAGUGAUCUUUUCGGACCCUCAAGGGGAAAGACUGAUGAAAAGUCUCUCGAGGCUAUAGGCACGAGGAAGAAGGAUGGAGAAGGAAAAGAGGGGGACGAGGUGGGUGGAGGAAAAGAGGAGGGUGGGGGCGAGAAGAGUGUGGCAGGAGAGCAGAGCACAGGGCUGCGACAACGGAGAGGCAGAGAGGGGGGUGACAGGGAAGGAGGGAAGGGAAAUGCAGCUGAGACUGCAAGGGCGGAGGGAGCAGAGGAGGCGGGGAAGAGGAGAAGUGAGGAGAGAAGUAGAAGGAAGGCAGCAGGGGGGUUAGGGAGGAAGGUUCUUGAUCUGGUGACGGCUCUCUGGCAUGCUGUCAUGUCUCCAGACAUCUUCUGGCCCAUGGCAUGGUUCAUGACGUCAUGUGCAGUCGUGCCUACCCUAACCUCCUCCCUCUUCUACUUCCACACCAACCAUCUGCACCUCGACCCCUCCUUUCUUGGCUCUACUAAGGUCAUUGGCUGGGCGGGCCUCAUGCUUGGGACGCUGCUCUACAAUACGCGGCUCAAAUACGUCCCGAUUCGACGAAUCUUCAUGUGGGUACACAUUUCAAUGGCCGUGUGCACAAUCGCCGACACCCUCCUUACCUCUCGCCUCAACCUGAGGCUCGGCAUACCUGACACUGUCUUCCUGCUGGGCUCUGCUGCUGUUUCCGACGCCGUGAACCAGUUCAAGUUCAUGCCAUUCCUCGUGCUCUCUGCUCGCCUGUGCCCCCCGGGGAUAGAAGGAACGCUCUUUGCUCUCUUCAUGUCGGCAUACAACUUUGGCAACACGCUCAGUGGCUACAUGGGUGCCACUCUCGCCACGCGGCUCGGAAUCACUGCCACGUCAUUUGACAACCUGACACUUGGCGUCACGAUACAGGCUGUUUGCACGCUGCUGCCGAUCCUGUUUCUGCGAUGCGUGCCGGCUAAUAUGACUGGCGUUGGGGAUGAAGGGAAGCAAGCAGUACGAGUGGUGGAGGAGCAAAGUGAUGAUGCGGAUGCAAAGACACCUAUGGGGUCGAAAUGGUCAAAGAAGCACGGGUGA